CAAGCUUUUCCAUGUAUGAGAGAGAAAUUGGAAUUUAUUUAUUUUGGCGUGAAAAAGAGAGAUUUUUGUUUUUGAAAUUUAUCGUUAUCGACGUCUAUGUGUGUGUGUGUGUGUGUGUGUUGAUCAACAACACUAUUUAUCAAGUUUGAGACCGGCUAUCCACACAUUGAUCACAUUGUAAUGUGUGUGUGUGUGUGUGAUAUAUGGCAUGGUUUUUUUUCAUGUGAUGUUUGGCCCAAUAACGAUCUCGAAUUUUUUUUUUUUUCACUGUGAUUGAUUUUGUGAUUGUUGUUGUUGUUGUUUGAGAUCCAAAAAUCCAUGUUCUUGACACAUGUGUUGUGAAUUAUAAUUCCAAUCAAACAAUCGAGAUUCAACAUUCAUAAGUUUUGUUGUUGUUGUUGUUGUUGUGGCCAAUUUAAAAUAAUUGGCAAUUCGUUCGUUUUUUUGGUGAUUAUUUUACAUGAUUGUGAUUAAUAACAAACCAACCAACCAACCAACAAGAACAACAAUGAUGAUGAUGAAACGAACAUUUACCAUCAUUAUUCCAUUAUUAUUAACAAUUAUCUGGUCAUUACAAUCAAUCGAUACAUUGGAAAUUUGGAGCGUCUAUUUCGAUGAAACGCAAGAAUUAAUCACAACAACAACGACGACAGAUGACAACAACAAUACAACAAAUUGUUUAAUCAGACAAAUUGUCAGCAUACCAUUCGAUGAUAAUGAUCAACAAAUUCGUUAUAUUAAUGAAAUUCGAACAUAUAUUGAAAAUGGUGAUAAAAUUCUUCGUAUGGAAUUGAUUCUUUGUGAUGAAAUUAUCGAUAAUGAUAUUGAUGAUGAUCGAAUGAUUAAUGAAGAAUUAAUUUUUAUGGAUAAAAAUGAAACAAAAUAUGUUUGCAUACAACGGCUAUCGACAGCAAAAUGGCCAAAUUUAGAACAUAAUCAAACAUUGAUACAAUAUCCAGCCAAUGUAGGGCUUGCAUUCAAUCAUUAUCGAUCAAUGGAUUCGGGCAAACAAACAUUAUUAUUAAUGAUUGAAUAUUUAAAUGAUUUUUACGAUCAAAUUAUCGAUCAUUCUGGUUUUGAUAUUUAUCUAUUGGAUGAGACAGAAAUCACCAUUGAAGCUGGUAUUAUUGCCAUUGGCAUUGUACCGGAUUCUUUCUUUUUUAUUCCACCUAAAUUAAAUCAUUGGUCAAUGAAAGGUGUAUGCAAUACAAAUGUUUGCAUACAAAAUCAGAUUGAUAAUGAAAUUCGAAUCGUUUCAGUGAUUGCCGGUACAAAUCAUCAUUAUAUUGAUGAAAUGAUUGUUGAAAUAAUUGAUCAUCAAAAACGACGACGACGACAACAAAUUUUCUCUUUAAAUAAUAAUGGUGGUGAACAACGAACAUUUGAAAUGUUGAUUGAAUCGCCAAUAAUCAAAACGACGGCAAUGGAUAAAAUUAUUGUUGAAUGUAAUUAUAUAAAUACAUCAAAUCGAACUGUCAAAGCUGGUUUCGAUGAUGAAAAUGAAAAUUGUCUUGUUUGGCUACAUCAUUAUCCACGAAUCGAUGGAUUGGAUGCAUGUCUAUCGACACAUUCAUUGGCAACAAUCAUGUCAUUAUUAGAUCUGAAUGAUUUGAAUGUUACAUUGACCAGAUCAAAUGGAAUUGAUUUACGGAUACCUGAUAAUAAUCAUGGCUCAAAACAAAUGAAUCUGAAUGAAUUUUUAAAUGAAAAAGAUCAAAAUCAUAAUUGGAAUGUUGAUAAAUUAAUUCGUGCUAAAUAUAAUGCAAUGAAAGGAAGACAAAUAUCUAGCUGUGGUUGGAAUCCAAUGAAAAUCGAUCUAAAUCGACGACGACGACGACGAGAUGAUGAUGGUGGUGAACAAAAAAAAAAAUUAUCUUGAAUCUGUGAAAAUUUUUUUUUCUUGGUCAUUCGGUUAAUUGUAUGGAAUUUACUUGCAUCUUCAUCUUGCAUCACCAUCAUCAUCAUCAUCAUUAUCAUUGUAAAGGAUUGCCAUUUGUUGUUCAUCAAGGUCUAAUUACUAAAAAAAAAAAUCAUCCCUUCCUAUUCAAUUGUCCAAAAAAAAAAAAAAAAAAAGAUUUGGGUACUACUGGCCUCUCUUUGAGAGACAACAGAAGAAAGAAAAAAACCACCACCCAUUCAAUCAACCAACCUUCAAGCUUUAAGCCAGAAUCAAUAUUCAAUAAUCAUAAUGAUCAUCAAGAUAAGCAAAUCCAUGAUGAUGAUGGCCAAGUGAAAAUAAAAAUACACACAAAUAAAACAUCCUAAAAUAACUGGUUUCCGAUUUUCGAAUAUACUCAUACUAUAGCUAUCCUAACAUUCAUCAAUGACAUCAAACGAUGAUGAUGAUGAUGAUGAUAAUUAUUGUAAAUCAUGAAAUGA